UUUAAAUAGGGUUGUGGAAGCGAAACCUCGUGUCCACAUUCUUUUUGCUUUUGAGUGUGUUGAGGUGUGUGUUAAAAAUGGUGCAGCGACUAACAUACCGACGAAGAUUGUCUUACAAUACAUCUUCUAACAGAAGACGUAUCUCAAAAACACCAGGUGGUCGUUUGGUAUACCUCCACACUAAGAAAGUUGGUUCCAUCCCAAAAUGUGGUGACACUAAGAGACAAUUGUUUGGUAUUAAACCUGCUCGGCCAAAGGAGCUUAUGUCCAUGUGCAAACGGAAGAAGCAUGUUACCAGAGCAUAUGGUGGAUGUUUGAGCUCAAAAGCUGUCCGGGACAGAAUUGUUCGCGCUUUUCUUGUAGAAGAGCAGAAAAUUGUUGUCAGAGUGCUGAAGGCACAAGCUAAGAAAUAAAUAAAUAAUCUCCCUUGGA